GAAGAGCCGCGUCCUUCCGCUCGCCUUGACCUCGGCUCCCUCGGCUUCGCCGUGCCCCGAGCCCUGGCGCCGGAAAGAAAGAAAGAAAGAAAGGAAGAAGGGAAGAGGCAGAGGGGCCGGCGGGUGCCACGCGCGGCUUGGCAGGCCCCCGUCGUCGCCCCUUAGCCGUGCCUUUUCCAGCCCGCGCAGCCCUGGCCUGCGCAAGCCGUUGCUUGCCGGGAAGCUCUUCCGGAGCUUUGAUCCUCUUCAGCCGCCUUCUCCGAGCCUUUCUGUGCCCGACGGGGUCUCAGCUUCGAAGGUACCUUUCGGGGCCGGGCUCGCCGCAGCUGCUCGGAGGAUGCCUGCCUCACGGCUCCCGCUCCGGCCAAAUCCCCCCGUUUCUCGGCUGCAGGCGGUGCCCGCUCCCGCGAGCCUCUUUGCUUAAGUAGUUGGCACCACGCACCAUGCGUAAGCAGCCGGCGGUUUUCUUUUCUUUUCUUUUUUUUUUAGUCUGAGACUUUCUCCUCUAAGGGAAGAGUUGGUGUCUGGGCGUUUUUACGAGUGAGCCGGGCGCUGGGCGUUAAACCCACCCGCUCCCCCGCAGGGAGCCCGUGGCGCGGAGGGGCUUGGAGGCAGGUCCUUUCCUCGGACUUUAUCCUGGGCAAAACCAUGUUUAAAAGAUAACGUAGAAACGACAAGCAAGCAAGCCUCAUCGUGCUCGAUUCUUCCCCGAUUUGUUGGAUUAAAUUGGCGACGGGUGCAAGCUGUAAUUUGACCUCUCCGAAGGGUGAAGAUGUCCAGCCUAGGAGGGACGCGGGAGCCGCCUGCACAGCUCGGGUCCUGAGGCGAACUGUGCUGGAGGGCUGCGGCUGGAGCGCUGCCGGGAGACCUGCGCCGAAGAGCCAGCGCGGACCAGACCCCAAACCCUGGCCGCCGGGGUGGGAGCCGGACCCCGAGACCCCCGCUUCUGCGGCGCCGCGGCCGAGCGCCUUGCGGGCAAGAAGUGGAGCGAGUCCGCCCGCCUCCCCCGCGGCGAUCGCGGCCGGCGCUGCCCGGCGAGAUGUUAUCGUGUGCUUCCUCCGCCUGAUGGUCGCGCUGAAGUUUUGGGCAGCUCGCGGCCGGCUCUGACUCCCGGGCCGGUCACCAAGGGCAGCCCGGGCCGGAGGCGGCGUUCCCCCGUCGCCGCGGGGCCUCCGUCGCGCGAUGCCGUCCCGGAGAGCCUGACCCCGCGGCGGCCGCGGCAUGGAGCUGAAGGUGUGGGUGGACGGCAUCCAGCGCGUCGUCUGCGGCGUCUCCCACCACACCACCUGCCAAGAAGUGGUCAUCGCCUUGGCGCGGGCCAUAGGUCAGACGGGACGCUACGUCCUGGUGCAGAAGCUGCGGGAGAAGGAGAGGCAGCUCCUGCCGCUCGAGUGUCCCCUGGAGUCGCUGGCCAAGUGCGGGCAGUAUGCGCACGACGUGCAGUUCGUCCUGCGGCGCACGGGGCCCAGCGUGGCCGAGCGGCCCGCCUCCGACGGCGCUCCCCAGGCUCCCGAGAGGACGUUCGUCCGGGCCAGCCUGCCCGUCAAACCCAGGCCCGCGAGCACCGACGUGCCCCGCUCCCGGGAGCCGAGGAAAGCCAUGACCUUCAACUUGGGCCCCGUGGGCUCCGGCGAGCUGGUGGCCAAGGGCCGAUGGAGGGCACGCGCCUGGGAGGGGAUGGACUUGACGGAGAGCGCGGGCACCGUCCCGCCCUCCAAGGAGGAGCUGUUCCAGACCGUGCUGCGGCAGCAGGAGCGGCUGUGCUCCUUGGAGGCCCACGGGGACUCCCUGGAGACGGACCUGCGGCUCUGGGAGCACGGCCGGGUCCCCAGCCAGGAGGACGAGAUCUUCUUCUUGGAGCAGCUGGUGCGGCGCAACGAGGCGGAGCUGGGCGAGGAGGAGUUCUGGCAGAGCGAGCUGCGGCUGGAGAAGGAGUGCGAGCGCGAGAGGCAGGAGCGGGUGAGGAGCCUGCGGGCCAGCCUGGAGGACUACACGCAGAGGAUCUACGAGCUGGCUGCCCGCACGGAGGCCCUGCAGAAGGAGAUCCAGUGGGAGAUGGCCGAGAGGGCCGCGAAGGGCAGGGAGGCCCCCGGGCCCAGCCCCGCGGAUCUGGAGGACAUGGCUGCCAAAAUGAAGAGGGAUCUGGAGGCCAAGGUCAAGCAGGGCACCCAGCUGGAGAGCAACCUGGCCAGCGUGGAGAAGGCCUUGGAGGAAGCAGAGAGGAACCUGCAGGCCCAGAACCAGGAGCUGGAGGAGCUGAACAAGGAGCUGCGGCAGUGUAACCUGCAGCAGUUCAUCCAGCAGACCGGAGCCACGGUGACGGUGCCGCCGGCCCGGCCGGAGGAGGAGGCCCUGCCGGAGCGCGGCGACCGCGAGCUGCUGGCCCAGCAGCAACACGGAGGCUUUCCGCCCGCCGGCGCCGACUCGCCCCUCCGAGCCGGCCCCCUCGGCAACCCCAGGCACCUGACGGAGCCCCUGGUGCCCAGCCUGAGCCCCGAAGUCGUGUCAUCCAGGCAGAGCAUCUGGAGGUAGAAGGGCCCGGCCGGCGGAGCAGCGAUUGCCCCGCGAGCGUAACUCUAUAAAUAAAACCGUAUUCCACGUACAGAUCUAUAUAUUUUUUACUGCUUUGUAUCACGAAUGGAUGCGGAUGGCCGGACAGAGGAUUUUUACAGACUGCGGAAGAAAACAAAAACCAAGCAGCCGGAGCAACCUUCCUCCCCCGUGGACGAAAACAGACCCCUUCUAUUUUUAUAAAGCGCUUUCUACGUUCCCCCUCGCCUUCCCUGACGGGUUUCGAGGAGCUGCCGGGACGGCGGAGCCGGAGCGACGUCCCCUCGCUGAGCGGAGGGGCAGAGAGACGGAAAGCGCCCGGGGUAGGCGACGAGCGGCUGCUUCCUCGCGGGAGACGACCGCGCUCGGCGAGGGCACCGGGAGCCUUUUCCCCAGCCUCUCCGGCCCAAGGAAGGGGCGGCGCCGUGGGAGAGGUGUUUUUCUGAAGUCUACUUACUUUUUAAGGAUUUUUCCUUCAUCCGAACUGCAGCGCGAGCUCUCUUUCCGGCGGCCCGUUGCUGGAGGGAGAGCGGGGCUAGAAACGCUCUGGGCAGCGUUUCCCUCUGGACUUUUUUCCUUUAUGGCCAGUACGGUUUCGUUCAUCUGUCCCAACAGGCUGUACCAUAUUUUAACGGCAAAGCCAAGGGGGGGCCGGGAAGGGGACAGGCUUGUCCGGGCGGUCCCGGAGUCCGACGUCUCCGUUUCCCGCGUCUCCUGUAUGUCGUAUGCAAAAAAAAAAAACGUGGCCAGGAUGCCGUGUUGGCUGUAAGACGCUUUCCGUGGUUUCGAAUAAAGCUUUGAAACGGG